GAUCGUCGCCGAAGAAUGCCGAAGCGGUGUUCGGGCCUUAUUCAAGUAGUUCGUGCGGUCGCGUGGGGCCGAGCACCGAUACGUAACACCGCUCCGUUGCGUGUUUUUCACUCAUCGGUCAAUCGACAUGAUAAAAGUCCGUUGUUAUUGCAACUGACCAGUUGCUAUUCAGAACCCGGUCCGCCGUCAAGCGCGCUCCUCACCAGAAAACUUAUACUCACACUGGCUUUCCAUCGACUGUCGCUUAAAAGGUACUGCUGCAAAAGAGACACCAAAGACGACAUGUCCGAAACGAAGAGAGAACCUGCUGCUCAACAGCUGACAAAUUACAAGAAAAAUGCGAGGGGUAAAUGCCCAGUGCUCCUCACCGGAAAUGGAGUACCCAUCGCCGAGAAAAAAGCCAGCCUCACAGUGGGCCCAAAUGGACCUAUAUUGCUACAAGAUUUCGUUUACCUAGACGAAAUGUCGCAUUUUGCGAGGGAAAGGAUUCCAGAACGUGUGGUACACGCGAAAGGAGCUGGUGCGUUCGGUUAUUUCGAAGUUACCCAUGACAUCACAAGAUACUGCAAGGCCAACGUAUUCUCUCAGGUCGGGAAAAAGACACCUAUCGCUGUGAGAUUUUCCACCGUGGGUGGCGAAAUGGGCUCUGCAGACACCGUCAGGGAUCCGCGUGGUUUCGCAGUUAAAUUCUAUACGGAAGACGGUAUCUGGGAUUUGGUCGGCAACAACACGCCUAUCUUCUUCAUCAAGGAUCCUCUAUUCUUUCCCAGCUUCAUACACACGCAGAAGAGGAACCCUGUUACGCAUUUGAAGGACGCCGACAUGUUCUGGGACUUCAUUACUCUAAGACCGGAGUCGACGCACCAGGUGAUGUUCCUGUUCUCGGAUCGCGGUAUCCCCGACGGUUAUCGCCACAUGAACGGUUAUGGUUCGCACACAUUCAAACUUGUGAAUGCCAACAACGAGAUGGUUUACUGUAAAUUCCACUAUAAGACCGAUCAAGGAAUCAAGAACAUUCCAGUGGACAAAGCAGCAGAAUUAAGCGCAUCAGACCCAGAUUACUCGAUCAGGGAUCUUUACAACGCCAUCGCUUCUCAUAAUUAUCCAACCUGGACGUUCUCCAUUCAAGUUAUGACUCCGGAGCAAGCAAAGUCGUUCAAAUGGAAUCCAUUUGACUUGACCAAGGUCUGGCCGCAUACAGAAUUCCCGUUGAUUCCUGUUGGUAAGCUGGUGUUGGACCGAAAUCCUGAAAAUUACUUCACUGACGUGGAGCAAAUAGCCUUCGAUCCGGCUCACCUGGUACCUGGUAUUGAACCAAGCCCUGACAAAAUGCUACAGGGUCGACUAUUCGCUUACGGCGAUACCCAUAGACAUCGUCUUGGCCCGAAUCAUCUUCAAUUACCCGUCAAUUGUCCGUUCAAGGCAAUUUCCGCGAUGAACUACCAACGGGACGGUCUGAUGGCGAUACACAACCAAAAUGGCGCACCAAAUUACUUCCCCAACAGUUUCAGCGGACCCCAAGAGUGUCCCGCUGUUCGUUCACCAAAGUUCUUCGUCAGCGGUGACGUGGACCGUUACGAGCCCGUGAACGAGGAUGAUUUCGGACAAGCUAACUUGUUCUACAAUAAAGUCUUGAACGCCGAGGAGAGAAAGAGAUUAGUGAACAACAUAGUAGGAAACCUCCAAAACGCGUCGACGUUCCUCAUCGAGAGGGCUGUGAAAAACUUCACGCAGGUGGACGCUGAUCUUGGCAAAAGACUUACCGAGGGUCUUCGCAACGUUGGCGUGAAGAUCAACGUGUUCGGCAAAACAGCCAGUUUAUAAAAUUAUACUCUUUUUUUACUUGUAAUUAAUACCUGCUUUAUACUACACAUCCGUACACUAUGCAAUUGUUAAUUGAGCGAAUAAAGCACAUUAUUUACUUUGGUUA